AUGGAAAAAAAAGACAAUUAUACAAGAUGUGAUAAAAUAGGAAAUAAUAAUAAUAACAAUAGUAGUUCUACACUUUUUUAUGAAGAAAUAAAACAAAACCAAAAUGAGAACUUAAAGAAUUGUGAAUGGAAAGUUAAUAAAAAUAGUAAAAGAAAAAACAAAAAAAAAAAAUAUAACACACGUUUAAAUUAUUAUAAUAAACUAAAAAUAAUUAAAAAAAAAAAAAAGGGCAAUUUUAAGGAAAUAGAUAAGAAUAAUAAUUAUUCUUUACAUGAUGAUAAAAAAAAAAAUAAUCUAGAAUUCAUUAAAAAUAAUUUGUCUUUUGAUAACAUAAUUAAAAAAAAUCAAGAAAAAAAUAAAGAUAAUUAUAUAUUUAAUGUAUCUUCAUUAAACAAUACUGAAAAAAACAAAUCUCAAUGCUAUUUGCAUAAUAGCGUAAAUAGCAACUAUGCAAAUAAUUUUAAUAAAUAUCCUCGAAUUUCACGUUGUUAUAAUAAAAAUAAUAAGUGUAAAUAUAAUGAAAAUAAGAUUCCUAAUGGCAAUAUUAGAUUAACAAAAGAAUUAUUGGAUGAUUUGAAUAAAAGAAACCAAGAAAACGAUGCAGAUAGUGAUAAUCAAAAUUUUUUAAUAUAUGUUAAGAAAAUAAUAGAAGAAAAAAAAGAAUCAAAAAAAAAAAAAAAUAAUAAUAAUAAUACUAAAGAAAUUAGUAAUGCUCAUCUAGAAUUUUCGAAUAAUAUGGAAACAUAUCAAACAAUUAAUGAUAAUAAUUCUUUAUAUAGUGAUGAAUCAACAAAAGUAUUUGUUAAUAAAAAAAAUAAAGUUAAAAUUAAUAUGUGUGAAAACCCAUGCGAUAUGUGGUAUGGAUUAAAAACAAAAAAUGGAAAAAAUAUUUUUAUUAAUAGUCUAAGGAAUAAAAAUAAAAAGGAGAGAAAAAAAAAAUCAAAAAAUAUUGAAAACUAUUUUAUUAAUAAAAAAAGCAAACAUAGUAGAUGGAAGUCUAAUUAUUAUAUGAAAUUAAAUAAUAAUGAUGAUAAUAUUUCAGUUAAUACUAUAGCUACUAUGCACAUUGAUGGAAAUCAUAAAUAUAAUGAUAAAAUAGAAAAUAGAAAUACAAAAAAUGAUUCAUAUGAUAAUUAUAAUAAUAAUAAUUUUAAAAAUUAUCGCAAUAAAAAUAUCAUAAGUAAUAUUCAAUUUGAUAAAACUAACAAAAAUGAUAUAAAUAAUGAUAAAAUUACCAAACAAACAACAAAGAAAAGAUGCAAAAAGAACAUGACAUGGUCAAAUAAAAAAAAUAAUAAUUAUGUAAAUACGAAUAAUGUUCAUUAUGUUCCAACUAAGAAUUCCAGUAACAAUUAUUAUGAUAAUAAAGCAACUAAUUUUAGUAAUGACAUAAAAUCUUACGAUAGCAAAAAUAAACUUGGUGAAAAUAACAAUAUAUGUAAUAGUAACUUGAAAUUAAAAAAAAAUAAUAAUGAAAACUUAUCAAAUGCUUAUACAAAUAAUUAUUCCCUUUCAAAUGAAUAUAAUAAUAUAGGAAGUAAAGAAAAUAGAAGUACUAAUGUAAUACAUCAUAAUAAUAAUGAGAUUAACGAUAUGAUUAAAAUAAAAAAUUAUAGAAACAAUUCAAGUAAUAUGAAUUGCCAAAGUGAUAAUACUAGUACAUAUGAAAAGAAUAUGAACACUAUUAAUAAUUCUAAAAAUAAUUAUUAUAGUAAUCAAUUCAGAAGCUUCAAUAAAAUUAAUGUUAUUGAUUAUCAUUUAUCAAAUAGUACUACAAAAAAAAAUAAUGUAUCAAAUAAUUCAUCUUUAAACAAAAUUUGCUGCGCAAUGACUAAUUUGGAUAAUAAUGAAAAUAAUGUAAAAUUUAGUAGCGGUUAUUAUGAUAUGAUAGAUCAUAAUAAAGCAGAAUGCUAUGAAAAUAAUAAAAUUAAUAUUGAUAAAAUCAAUACGUAUAAAAAUUCAAUUUAUCCUUAUAAUAAGAAUAAUUUAAACAACUAUAGCUCAAACAAAGUAAAUAAAUUAAAUUCUAAUAUUAAUUUAAAUAGUUUUCUUACGAAUAACAAAGAAAAUGAUAUAAAACAUCAUUCACAUCCAAUGACGGUUGACAAUAUGUCUUCUAUUCACUAUAAUACAAAUUAUCAUUGCACAAAAGGCAAAACAAAUGAAUAUAUAAAUAAUAGUUAUUACCAUUAUAUAAAUGCAAAAUAUAAUAGUAAAAACUUUUUAGGAAAAAAUAUUAUUAAAAAAAAUAAAAUAUUUAUUUUAAAUAACUAUAGCUUCACAGGAAAUAAAAAAUCUUCAGAGGAUUCAAAUAAAAUAAGUGAUAUAGCCUAUGACAGAAAAUUUGAAGCAUGUGGUAAAAUAAGCAUCACAAAUGAGGUUAAUAAUGAAAAUGAUAAAAUAUCUGAGAAUAUUUUUUUUAGAAAAGCAAAUGAAAUUUCAAAAUGCAAUGAUUCAUUUAAUGAAUUAAUACAUCUAAAUUAUCAAAAUUAUAAUCCUAAUGCAAACCUAACUUACUAUAAAUCAUAUAAUGCUAAUAAAAUUAAUAAAGAUGAACACUUAAGUAGCAUAGAAGGAAAAGACAAUGUGGAUUUCAUUGAUUCAUUACAUGUAAUUGAUCAAAAUAAAAAAUAUAAAAAUUAUUAUUAUAAUAAUCUAAAUUUUGACUUGAGUUAUGAAUUAGAAGAUAACAAAAAAAACAAGAAAAAGAAAAAAAACAAGUCUUUUAGCAGUAAAUCAAUUUAUAAAAAUGCUAGAGAAAGAGUUCAAUCAAUAUUAGCUAUUAGAAGAGGAAUAGUACAAUAA